AUAAACCAACUGAGCCUUACCAGGGCCUGUGCUGCCAGCUGGACCCAUAGGCACCACCCCAGGGCCUGUACUGCUGGCUGGGGCCAUCUGCACCGCACCAGGGCCUGUUCUGCUGUCUGGACCCAUAGGCAACACACCAGGGCCUUUGCUGCUCGAAAAGCUUAUCUGCAAUACAUCGGGCGCUGUGCUGUUGAUUGAAGCCUUCUACACCACAUUGGUGAAUGUGCUAGCAGAAGCCCUCUGCUAGCAAGCCACCAGGACCUGAACUUUUGGCUGGAGCCUUACUUGCCAUCCUAGUUAAAUCCACAGACAACGCUCGCAACCUGCCCACAACCAACUCAGUCAGAUCGCUGGUCAUUUCUGCUACUAACUCCACCACUUCCCAGGUACGAGUCAUCGCCACUCCAUCUCAUCUGCCUGCCUCUCUGAUGCACCGUCAGGACCAAUUUGGAUUCAUCACUCACUGACUCACCCGGACCUAGCCUCCUUCCCGACCAAUCUCCACCUGCUGACAAACCACGCCCCCUCAGCUCAGCACAUAAAGCAUCACAGUGGGUUUCAGUGCAUUCAACAGAUCAAAGGAAGAAGAAGAAGAAAUGUCCUGCCUGAAGAAUUUCAGUCUUCUCAUCUCAUGCGUGCUCCUCUUCAUCAUCCAGCCAGGUCGUGGUUCUGAGAUUAUCAAUGGGAAAGAAGUCGAGCCACACUCACUGCCUUUCAUGGCUCAUGUGACAGGUGAAUAUUCCUGUGGAGGGACAUUAAUCCAUCCACAGUGGGUCCUGACAGCUGCCCACUGCACUGGUAUGAAUAAGGCGACUUUGGGAGCACACUCUAUCAAGAAACGGGAAGAAAAUUCUAAACAGAUCCGAGAGGUUGUGACACACGUUCCUCAUCCCAGCUACACCAGUGUCGCUCUGGGCAACGACCUCAUGUUGCUCAAGCUUAACAAACCAGCAAAGAAAACCGGGGCAGUCAAAUGGCUCAAGUUACGCACAGCCAGAGACCCGGCAGCUGGCAGCACGUGUCUGGUGGCUGGAUGGGGACGAACCGAAACAAAACGACCAUCAGACGUCCUCAAGUCUGUCAAUGUGACUGUGGUCGACAGGCAGACAUGCAACUCUCGUGAUUAUUACGACCACGACCCUGUUAUCACUGAUGACAUGAUAUGUGCUGGUUCAGAUGGUACAAACGUCGCUGAUACCUGUCAGGGGGAUUCAGGAGGCCCGCUGUUGUGUGAUGGAGCGCUGGUUGGAGUCACUUCUUUCGGACGGGGUUGUGGUGUCAUUAAAAAACCUGGAGUCUACUCGUUUGUCUCAAGGAAACAACUGAAGUGGAUCAAGGAAACAUUAAAGUCAGCUUAAAUGUCACGAAAGCACAGGCGUCAGUCUCUACGAGCAAGAGGAGAAUCUUUGAUGCUUUCAUGUUAAAUCUCUCGGUGAUGUCUCUGUAGACCAUUGUCCAUUUUAUCAUUUCUCAGUUUUUAGCUUCUGCUAGCUUGCUCACAUUCUGCACAUGUAGCGGUGCUGUCACGGUCAGUCGUUUCCACUGCAGGAACUGAAGGCGGGAACAUUAACUGGACUGACCUGAACACGUUUUUUUAGCCAUUCAGUAUUAAAGGCACAGCCACUGUGAUGGUUUAUGGAUUGCUGUUUUUCAUUUUAGCUGUUGUAAUUACAGGUGUAUACACAACCCUGUAUAAGUGUGAUGACCUCGCAACGAUCACGACAGCUCCAAAAGCAAUCUUUACAUUUCUACAGGGGAAAAUGAGCUUUUUUACCCUGCAAUUUACUGAUUUGUGAAAAGAUGUUAUUUUCACUCAAAUUUUAAUUUGUAAUUUCUCUUUUUCAAUUGUUUUUAAUUAUCACACAUAAUCCAUGAACAUAAAACAAAGUGAGUUUAUUCAGUCUGUCAGUCAUGGUUUGUCACCAUCUCCUGUGUUAGAAACUAAAGAUUGUGGCCAGAAUGUUUUUAUGCUGAAUUUUUAAGCAUAAAUUCUUGUGUAUUUUAUUGCUCUUUGAAUAUUUGUGCUAAAAAAACAAACAAACAAACAAUCCUAAAACAACAAUUUGUCCUGACACAUUUUCUAUUCUUUCUACUUUCGAAUAAA